GAUCUGUGAUGGUCUUAACGUGAGUGGCUGUGGAGACGUGUGUGUCGCGCUCACUGUGGCUGAAGUUUUCCUGCUCGGCGCUCCUGCCGCUCAUUACAGCAGAAACACGGCGCUCCACACACUGAGGAUGGCAGUUUGCGCAAAUCACGCUGGGAAAGUGGCGGACAGCUGUUGCAGAAGGCGGCGAUCUUCACUGCCCGCGGCGUCCUGAAGGCUCCUCUCCGGCGGUGACUCUCUCUCUCUCCCCAUGCACUUCUUCGCUAAGAUGAAUACGGUCUACAUCGCCAUUGAAUUGAUCAUCGCCGUUCUGUCGAUAGCGGGCAACGUGCUGGUGUGCUGGGCCGUAUCCAUCAACUCCACUCUCAAAAACGCCACCAACUACUUUCUGGUGUCGCUGGCCGUGGCCGAUAUCCUGGUGGGCUGCCUCGCCAUCCCCUUCGCCAUCACCAUCAGCAUCGGACUCUGCUCGGACUUUUACGGAUGCCUUUUUCUGGCCUGUUUCGUGCUGGUUCUCACUCAGAGCUCCAUUUUCAGUCUGCUGGCCGUGGCCAUCGACCGAUAUUUGGCCGUCAAAAUUCCUCUAAGGUAUAAAGAGCUGGUCACAGGAAAGAGGGCGAGAGAGAUCAUCACCAUCUUAUGGAUUCUGUCCUUUAUCAUUGGCCUCAUCCCAUUCGCAGGCUGGAACAAAAAAGGCAGCGCCUGCAGCAGAAUGUACAAUGAGUGUGUUCCGUUCGAGAACUUCACCUUCAGUAAUGGAGAGGGACUGGCGACAGACUGGGGCUUCUUUCACAGCUGCCAACUCCCAUGCCAGUUCGAAAACGUGGUGGACAUGCGCUACAUGGUCUACUUCAAUUUCUUCGGCUGUGUGCUGCUACCCUUGCUCAUCAUGUUGGGCAUCUAUGUCAAAAUAUUCACGGUGGCACGUAAACAGCUCCGGCAGAUUGAACUCAGGAGCACAGUGGGGAACGGCGAGAGCCAACACCACGGGCUGCUGCAGCGUGAAAUUCGCGCUGCCAAAUCUUUGUCCUUCAUUGUGGGGUUGUUUGCCCUUUGCUGGCUACCCGUACACAUCCUUAACUGCCUUACACUCUUCACCAAGCUAAACAAGCCUGAGUUUGUCAUGUACGUGGCCAUUAUCCUCUCACACGCCAACUCGGCCGUCAACCCCAUCAUCUAUGCCUACCGCAUCAGAGAGUUCAGGCACACCUUCCGCAAGAUCCUAGCACGCCACUUCCUGUGCCGACGGGACGAGAUAUACCUGAGCUCUAAUGGGAGCAGCCGAAAAAAAGACCAAGUAACCAUGACCAUUGAUCCCCUGUUAUAGCCACGGGGAUCUAUAUAUGUUAUUUCAGUCUAACUUAUUUUAACCUUAUCCUUUAGUCAUUCAAAACAUUUAUGGUGUACUACUGUCACCAAAAGUCCAUAUGAGGAGCAAUGUUUACUGACUAGAGAAUAGCUGCAAAAUAUCUGAUGGGAAUAUGCCCAGUAUGUGGACCACCAGGCUAUUUAUAAGGACAAAAAGGACCCUUUAUUAUAGAAGGAGGCUAAUAUGUUCUUUUAUCACUACUCCACUAUUCCAGUGGACAUACAGUUCCUUCUCGUCAACCUGACAAAUUAACAAGCUUGAACAAACUUUACACUUCAUUCUAAGCCUUAACAGACAAAUGACUGACACAAAUUAGUCAAAAUGCCUCUAUACUUGGCCCUGGACAGAUUCAGCCAUGUUGGGUCAGUAAUAAACAUACCAUAGAAGGCAGAAAUAUCCGGAGAACACCAGCGUUUAUGGUGUGGCAUCAACAGUAGCUCAUCUUGAAGGAACUGACAAUUUGUGAACAACCUUGAGGAACAAUGCACAGCCAGAUGGAACACAAACCAAUCACACUGUCAUGGUGAAAGGUAUAAUGGAAGAGGUUUUAACACCUGACUUGUGACUAUUUUUUUUUUUAAGUGCCAUGCUUGAAUUUUUAAGACCUUUUUAAUCAAUCUUCUCUAUUUAGAAGGUUGCUUUAGAAAGCUCAGGAAAACCACAGACGGUGGGUAGGCAGACAUGAAGUGUCUUGUGGAAAUUCACUGAAGUUCAAAGAAAAUCAAACUGUGGUCCGUUGAGAGAGAUAACAGUGAGCGAAUUGUUGAUUGUUCGAGAAUUUUUCUACAUCAGGCAGUUCUUCUGUUCCUGGAAUCCGCCAGUAUUGUGGAUAAACUGUUUCUAUAUUCUGUUGCUCAUACGUGAAUUUGUAAGACUCCAUGAAUAAGCUGCUUUGCAGGACACACAAAGCAAAUUUCCACAUUUUUGAAUGGCACUUUUAGCUGACCCGUUACACACCCUCUUAUGUUUCUCUGUGUCUUUUGCGCACAGUGGCCCCAGCUGCACUGGUGCUGGACUUGCAGGGGAUUUGAUGUUUUCUCUUUCUGCGGGUGCGUCACUGCCCCCAGGGACCCAGUUUGUCGUUGAAUGUUCAACUGCGACAAACUACACAGGUCAAAAGCAGAGAGGAGAACCUGGAGCAGAGAGUGUCUGCGACACAGAGUUGUAAAGUGUCACCUCUAAUACAAGCUAGGAGUUGGCUGCCUCAAACACUUUCUACUGUUGAUACUGUGUAUCUUAAUCAUUGCCUGCUGCGCCCCCAUACUGUGCCCCAGUUGAUCAAAAUUCUCAGAGAGAUCAUAUACCAAGUAACAAUGCCCAUUCUGUUAAAAGCUAUGACUAUUUGAGUCGAAGGCAUUUAGGAAUGUAAUUACGACGUGAAAAAGCGAUUUGAUGGGACUGAACACUGACAGACCUAAAAUAUUAUCUCACUUUCAUCGCAGGCUACCAAUUUGCUUUGCAUAUUUGAUGAAUGGGAGUCUUAUUAAAAGCAGACAAUUACUGCACAUUAGGGUGUGAAAAAACAUCAGUGUUCUUUUAGGGAGGUCUGAAGUUCAACACAAAACAUCAACCACACCACUACUUCUGAAUUGCACUGAGUGUUUUCAGGCCCACUUUAAAAAGGAACUGAUUAAAAGCAGUUUCUUGGCUUUUCACAGCACAUUACUUAAUAGCUCUGUAAUGAUCAGAAUGCCUGAUUUAAUUUUUUUUUUUAACGGCACACUUGCCUUUUCCAGCUUUAAUGAAUCUAUCACUCUUUUAGGCUGUAAAUGGUCAGAUGCCUCUGGCUGAGCUAGGCCAAGGCACUGAUGUGUUAUCGGACAUGUUCUCUUCAGAUAUGAAAAAUUAACUAUGCGCUAGAGCAAUGGCAGAUGGGACUGUGGUAAUAGUAGUUUAAUCGAGUGAAAGCUGGUGCUUUUGGAGGUGGUGAGGCAGAUAAACAUGAAGAGGCAGAAUCUGGGUAGCUCUGUAGGUUCUAAACAAAAUACAAAUACAUUUGUUUCAUUUCUACUUCUAAGGGCUAAACUGCAGGAAUGUGCCAAAUGUAAUGGACAUUCCCAUGGAGACCAAUCUGUACUGCACUGUACUGGUGUUACUGUCAUUUUAUUCCUUUAGUAAUCUAUUUUUAAUAGUUUGGUGAACACAGUGAAUAGGAAAAAGCCUUCCAGUUAAUUUCAAACAUAACUACUCAGUUAAGUAUAAGAUCUACUCUAGCUCUAACGAUCAUGCCCUUGGAAAAGAGCGAGAAGCGGGGGCGGAUACUUUUUUUCCCAGGUGUAAUUCUGAGACAUGCUACAGGAUUUGCCACUAAUCAGCAUAUUCUGUGGUUCACAAUUGUUGUUCAGUGCUUUUAAGUGUUGAAGUGUUACCACAGUGAAAUUGUCAGCUGUGUACUGUUAUUUAACAUGAUUCUGUAUGUUUGGUGACAUUUUGUAAAUAAAAGUUGUUUUAUAUAAAAA